GGCCCGCGCGUAUUUUCCAGCUGCUAGCAAGAACCCAUAAAGCCCGUCGAGCCUCAUCAGCGUGCGCUGCUGUUGGCACUGUCAGAUAUUAAUAACUGCUUUUAUCUGUCGUUGUUUUAAUCGUGUUUUAAAUAGUCAUUUUUAUUUGAUCAAACUCUAGCUUGAAAUGCCUACCAGGACCUUAUUGUCUCUGCCAGAGGAUGUCAAGGAACGGCUUCAGGUACUGGAUGAAGGUGGAGAGGACAUAUCAGAUGAGGAGUGUGUGAAGGAAAAACUCAAGAUACUGAAGAAGUUCCUGCUCACUGAAACCCGAGACCAGCUCAAAAUCCUUGAGGACAAGUUGAAGAGCUCUGAGCUGACCGCUGAUGUCUACACAUCAGAGGUGAAGGCAGUGUUAAAGAAAGCUCUUGGUGUUGGUAAGGAGGAUGGAGUGGAGCAGAAUGGACAUUCGAAUGGUAUUUCUGAAAAUGGAUCUCAUAAAGACAAUGAUGAGCAAGGAGCCAUGGAUACUCAGGAAGAUGCUAUGAAGUCUCCAAGCGCCCCAAAGGGAAGGGGCCGUCGCAGUAAAGCAGAAACCGAAUCCAAGAAAUCUCCUGCCAGUUCCAGGGUUACACGCAACUCUGGGAAACAGCAAACUAUUAUGUCAAUGUUCUCAAGAGUCCCGAAACGCAAGUCUGAUGAACUGAAUGGCGAAACGGAAAAUGGUAGUGAAGAAGUUAAGCCUGUUACCGAAGAAGUUAAAGAAGACGUCCAUGAAGAGAAGCGCUUAAAAACUGAGGCUGAGAAUCCUGAAUCUGAAAAUUCCACUAAUGGGAAGAUCAAACCCGUGUCCGCUGUCAAGACGCCUCCACCAAAAUGUCCUGACUGUAGGCAAUUUCUGGAUGAUUCAGACCUCAAGUUCUUCCAGGGAGAUCCUGAUGAUGCACUUGAUGAACCAGAGAUGUUGACAGAUGAGCGUCUCUCCCUAUUCGAUGCGAAUGAGGAUGGUUUUGAAAGUUAUGAAGACCUGCCCCAGCACAAGAUUACCAACUUCAGUGUUUAUGACAAGCGCGGGCACCUGUGUCCAUUUGACUCUGGCCUCAUUGAGAAAAACGUGGAACUGUACUUCAGUUGUGUCGUUAAACCCAUUUACGAUGACAACCCAUGCUUGGAUGGUGGUGUUCCUGCCAAAAAGCUUGGACCCAUUAAUGCUUGGUGGAUCACUGGUUUUGACGGAGGGGAGAAAGCUUUAAUUGGCUUCACUACAGCCUUCGCUGACUACAUCCUAAUGGACCCCAGUGAGGAGUACUCUCGCAUCUUUGCUUUGAUGCAAGAGAAGAUCUAUAUGAGCAAGAUUGUGGUUGAGUUUCUACAGAAGACCCAGGAUGUAACAUAUGAAGACCUGCUAAACAAAAUUGAGACGACCGUUCCACCUGCUGGGCUGAACUUCAACCGAUUCACUGAAGACACACUACUGCGCCAUGCCCAGUUUGUGGUGGAGCAAGUGGAGAGUUACGAUGAGGCUGGAGACUCGGACGAGCAGCCCAUUAUUGUCACUCCAUGUAUGCGAGACUUGAUCAAGUUGGCCGGUGUCACUUUGGGCAAGAGGAGGGCAGCCAGAAGACAGGCCAUACGUCACCCCACAAAGAUUGAAAAGGACAACAAGGGUCCCACUAAAGCUACCACAACUAAACUGGUCUACACGAUCUUUGACACAUUCUUCUCUGAUCAGAUUGACCAGAACAAUAAGGAAGGAGGUGGCAUCAAGAGGCAGCGCUGUGGUGUCUGUGAGGUAUGUCAAGCUCCAGACUGUGGCAAGUGCUCCGCCUGUAAGGACAUGAUCAAGUUUGGAGGCAGUGGCAGAAGUAGACAGGCCUGUCAGAAGAGAAGAUGUCCCAACCUGGCAGUGAAGGAAGCUGAGGAUGACGAGAAUGUCGAUGAGGAAGAUGUCUUGCCACUUUUCAAGGAAACAAAGAAAACGUCCCAGACCAAGAAGAAAAAGCAGACCAAGAACAAGCUUAGCUGGGUGGGAGAGCCCGUCAAGACUGAGGGAAGGAAGAAGUACUACAUGAAGGUGCGUGUGGAGAAUGAGGUUGUGGAAGUGGGAGACUGUGUCUCCGUCAGCCCUGAUGACCCAUCUCAUCCUCUCUACUUAGCCAGGAUUACGGCGCUAUGGGAGGACAGCGAGAUGAUGUUUCAUGCCCACUGGUUUUGUCGUGGCACUGAUACAGUUCUUGGCGAGUCAUCUGACCCUCUUGAGCUCUUCCUCGUGGAUGAGUGUGAAGACAUGCAGCUGAGUUUCGUCCAGGGCAAGGUCAACGUCCUAUACAAGGCACCAUCUGAAAACUGGUUCAUGGAGGGUGGUAUGGAUGAUGACAUUAAAGUGGUUGAGGAUGAUGGCAAGAGCUUCUUUUAUCAGCUUCGGUAUGAAGGUGAUUGUGCCCGCUUUGAAACGCCUCCGGAAGUCACACCAUCUGAGGACUGUAAAUACAAGUUCUGUGCCAGCUGCUUCAGGAAUAAGGAGCGAGAAAUGCAGGCUGUGCCUCAAGUGUAUGAACCGCUGGAGGAUGAAGAGAGUGACUCUAAAGUUUUCUAUGCAUUGGCCAGCCUGAAGGGAGAGCAGUACAGAGUAGGAGACAGUGUCUUCCUACCACCUGAUGCUUUUAAUUUUGGAGUUAAGGUGGCGAGUCCUGUGAAGCGUUCUCACAGGAAGGAUGAUGUCGAUGAAGAUCUUUACCCAGAAUACUACAGGAAGUCCUCUGACUACAUUAAAGGCUCAAACCUGGAUGCACCCCAGCCGUUCCGCAUCGGGCGCAUCAAAGAAAUUUUCUGCAGCAAGCGCAGCAAUGGAAAGCCAGAUGCAUCUGAGAUCAAACUGCGUGUCUAUAAAUUUUACAGACCAGAGAACACUCAUAAGGGACCAAAAGGUGCCUACCAUUCGGACAUAAACCAGCUGUAUUGGAGCGAUGAGGAAGUGACCGUAAACAUGGCUGAUGUCCUGGGCCGCUGUCGUGUGGAGUACGCAGAGGAUUUGGUAGAAAGUAUGCAGGACUAUUCAAACAGAGGACCUGAUUGCUUUUAUUUCCUUGAGGCAUACAAUGCAAAGACUAAAAGCUUUGAGGAUCCUCCCAAUCAUGCCCGAUCAGCUGUGAAUAAAGGCAAAGGAAAAGGCAAGGGCAAAGGUAAAGGAAAGGGAAAAGCUGCUUCCCAGGAAUCGCAGGACGUGGAGCCGCAAGAGCCUACAGUUCCCAAACUGCGCACACUGGAUGUGUUCUCCGGUUGUGGUGGUCUGUCUGAAGGUUUCCAUCAAGCAGGCAUCUCCGAAACUAAUUGGGCCAUUGAAAUGUGGGACCCUGCUGCUCAAGCAUUCAGGUUGAACAACCCUGGCACCACGGUUUUCACAGAGGACUGCAACGUCCUGUUGAAAUUGGUGAUGUCCGGUGAGAAGACCAACUCUCUAGGACAGAAGCUACCACAGAAGGGCGAUGUAGAGAUGCUGUGCGGUGGGCCACCUUGCCAAGGUUUUAGUGGAAUGAACCGCUUUAAUUCUCGCACAUACUCCAAGUUCAAGAACUCUCUGGUCGUCUCCUAUCUGAGUUACUGUGACUACUACAGACCCAAGUUCUUCCUGCUGGAGAACGUGAGGAACUUUGUUUCCUUUAAGCGCUCCAUGGUCCUGAAGCUUACACUGCGCUGUCUGGUUCGCAUGGGCUACCAGUGUACAUUCGGUGUGCUACAGGCAAGACAGUAUGGUGUUGCCCAGACUAGACGCAGGGCCAUCAUCCUUGCUGCUGCCCCAGGUGAAAAGCUUCCUCGCUAUCCUGAACCACUUCACGUGUUCGCCCCAAGGGCGUGCUCUCUCAGUGUGGUGGUUGAUGAGAAGAGAUACGUCAGCAAUGUCACUCGUGGAAACGGAGGCAUUUAUCGCACCAUCACUGUGCGGGACACCAUGUCUGACCUUCCAGAAAUCCGUAAUGGAGCUGCUGCUCUUGAGAUUUCUUACAACGGUGAGCCACAGUCUUGGUUCCAGAGACACAUUCGUGGCUCACAGUACCAGCCCAUCCUCAGGGACCACAUCUGCAAGGACAUGAGUGCCCUCGUGGCUGCCCGCAUGCGUCACAUUCCUCUGGCGCCUGGUUCCGAUUGGAGGGAUUUGCCAAACAUCGAGGUGCGGUUGAGGGACGGUACCACCACCAAAAAGCUGCGCUACACCCACUCCGACAAAAAGAAUGGGCGCAGUGGCACUGGUGCUCUGAGAGGAGUGUGUUCCUGUGCUGAGGGAAAACCAUGUGACCCUGCAGACAGGCAAUUCAACACACUGGUUCCCUGGUGUCUGCCUCACACGGGUAAUCGCCAUAACCACUGGGCUGGCCUGUACGGCCGACUGGAAUGGGACGGUUUCUUUAGCACGACAGUUACCAAUCCUGAGCCAAUGGGAAAGCAGGGUCGUGUGCUGCACCCUGAACAGCACCGUGUGGUGAGUGUCAGGGAGUGCGCUCGCUCCCAGGGCUUCCCAGACACCUAUCGCUUCUUCGGCAACGUUUUAGACAAACACCGACAGGUUGGAAAUGCUGUGCCUCCACCUCUUUCCAAAGCCAUCGGGCUGGAAAUCAAGAAGUGCGUCAUGGAGAGGAUGAAGGAAAAUGUUACAGAGCCUGUGAAGCAGGAGAAGAUGGAGGUUUGUGACUAAAGCCAUCCUCUCUCCACAAAGCCACAAAAUCAUGCGUUUUGCUCGAGCACCUUGUGACUCAUUAAAUUCAUUCCAAUAUUCUUAAGCUGGUUUGGAGCCCAGCCACUUGAGUGGCGUUUUUAUGGAUUGUCUGUGCAGUGCCAUUUAUGUGAUGUGUAUCAAUUUUUAAAUGUGAUUUUGCAAUAUCCACUCUGAUAGUGGUGUAAAUUCUAUGUAGUUUUUAUAUGUUGUAAUAUUUCAAAUAAAGCUCUUAUCAAAUGGUUUA